AAGAGAACAAGCAGACAAGACCAGACUCUAGCAAUAAACAGCUGAGAGCAAAAUGAAGCCCACUUUCUCCUUGUGUUUAUUGCUGGUUGGUUUGCAUACUGUUGCCCUGUGUCAUCAGCGUCCUCGCUACCGUAAAAAGCAGGGUGAUGCUAAAGGGACGUAUUAUCCAGAACAUAGUUCUCAGUGGGAAGAAGCUUCUCCACUUAAAAACAAAACCUUUGUCAAACUAGUUUUCAGCAAUGCUGACUUUGCAUUUUCCUUUUACAAGCUGGUCGCAUCUGAAGCAAUGGACAAAAAUAUUUUCUUUUCACCCAUAAGUAUCUCUGCCUCCUUUGCGAUGCUGGCACUUGGUGCCAAGGCUGUGACACUGACACAGAUUUUGGAAGGGCUUGCCUUUAACCUGAAAAAGACUCAGGAGCAGGAAAUACAUGAAGGUUUUUGCCAACUCCUCCACAGCCUGAACCGUUCAGACAGUGAGUUCCAGCUGAGCCUGGGCAGUGCCCUUUUUAUAGAAGAGACACUAAAACCACUACAGAAGUUCUUGGAUGAUGUCAAAAGCUUUUAUGAAUCUGAAGUGUUUUCUACUUACUUUAACAACUCUGUUGGUGCUGAGAGUCAGAUCAACAGUUACAUCGAGGAAAAGACAAAUGGGAAAAUUGUUAAACUAGUGGAAAAUCUUGAUCCUCUGACUGCAAUGGUUCUCGUUAACUAUGUCUUCUUUAAAGCCCAUUGGGAGAAACCCUUCAGUACAGCACAGACAAAACAGGAGGAUUUUUUUGUGGAUCAGAAAACAUCUGUAAAAGUUGACAUGAUGUAUCGAAAGGGUUACUACAGAAAUUACUUUGAUGAAGAGCUGUCCUGUUGGCUGGUUCAGAUACCUUACAAUGGAAAUGUCGCAGCAUUAUUUGUUUUGCCUGAUGAAGGGAAGAUGAAGCAGGUAGAAGAUGCCCUCUUGAAAAAAACUGUAACUACAUGGGAGAAGUCCCUCCAAGACAGAAAAAUACAUCUGCACAUUCCAAAAUUUUCUAUUUCUGGUACCUAUGAUGUGAAAAAUAUAGUUCAACAAAUGGGUAUGGUCAAUCUGUUUACUGAACAAGCUGAUCUCUCAGGGAUUACUGAGGAGCCCGGACUGAUGGUUUCAAAAGUGAUCCACAGAGCCAUGCUGAACGUUCACGAGAACGGCACUGAGGCUGCGGGGGCCACGGUGAAGGAGGUCACCUGGAGAUCUGGGGAUUUUCCUCGCCCACCUCGAGUCAGAUUCAACAGGCCAUUUCUCCUGAUGAUUCUGGAUAAGUUCACCCACACUGUCCUCUUCAUUGGGAAAAUUGUAAACCCUCAGAAAAAUGACUGAUUGACAAAACUUACGCACACCACUGGCUAAUUCCUGUGAUCCAGUGAAACACUUAUGUACGCAUACCACUCUGUGCUAGUGCUCAUCUUUCAACCCUUAUCCUUAGAAACCUUAUUAAUCCCUUAAAACACAAAAACUACUUUUCCUUGUCCAAAAGUCACUAGGAUUUCCCACAGCCUACACCUGAAUAUAGCAGGUAGUGUUAAUGAAAUACAAGUCACUCUUCACCAGUUUUGUAAGAAGCCCUUUCUGACGUGCUCCUGUGGGGUAUUCAGUAGGUUCAAAGUCUCCAAUUAAUACAGGCAUUGCUGUACAGUCACAGGGUGUGAAAGGAGAAAGAGGAAAAAGGAGGUGCAAAUUGUAAGUCCUGUCUGUUUAACCUUGAUGACUACUCUUAGAUGCAGAUGUCUUUAAUACCAAGGUGAAUUUUCAUUAACUUCUUUAGGUUUUGUAACCAAGUAUGGCAUGAAACUGCAGGAUCUGUGACUGAGACUUUGGAGGACACAGCAGUGUAAAGGACUGAUGAGUGCAGCUGUUUUAGCUUGCCUUCCUCUGUCUCCUUCUCAGCAGAAACCCUCCACAUGGAGACAAGAAGGCUGCUUUUGCUGCAUGGAUAAUUUUAAUUCUACUGAGGAAAGAAUCUAUGGCAGAAAAAAUACUUGUGUUUUAUCCUACUAGUAUAAUGAUUGUUGCUAAUGCCUUGAGAUAAAAGCCUGAUGGAAUAGUCCGUGACAUAGCACCAGUCUCCUUUUCAUAGAUUCGUUGUCACUGUCAUUUCUUGUUUCUACUGAUGCCACCUUCCGUAUUCAUUUUCCGGAUAGACUUGACAGAUUGUGGUAGAAAAAAGGAGGAACGAAAAUUAUAACUCCAGAAAGGUUGCAUUUCCUCAGUAGGAACAGCAGAGCUUUCCUAGGGACUGUUAACUUGGUUUAAGCUAUCAUAAACACACAUAAAAUUCAGAAAAUAUUUCAGAAGUCACUUUUCUAAAUAUUAGUAGUGGAUUACUGUUAUAGAGUAAAAACAGACUGGGAAUUGGUAUUUGUACCUUUUCUUAACUUAAAGUUCCUUGAGUCCAACUACACUGGAUAGUUGCAUGGUUAUGAGAGAAACAUACCUUUACUUAUUUUAAAGUUUUAAAUUAUCUUAUUAUCUUUUGCUUUAGUUUUUAAAUCAACAUCUGCAGCACAUCUUAUUAAAAUAUGGAAAUCCAAAGAAAGCAUGUAAAUUACAGAUGGAUUAAAUCUUUUUUUACAGAAUAUCUCAAACAGGUGGAAAAAAUAUAAAUUAUAUUUUACAUCUUAGUGUCUUAAGAUGUCUGUGAAGAAUGUAACAAAAACUGUGGUGAAUAUUUCUAAAACACAAUUUUAUGGGUUUUUUGUUUGUGGAUCUUUAUUUUCUUUCAUGUUAAAUCAGUGUCAUCAAUAUGAGUAAAUUGUAGGCAAGAAUACCAAUAAGCAAUAGAAAAAACAUUCUAUGUCUAUCUGCAGACAGGUAACACUUGAUACUCACUUUCAAAGUCCUCCUCAAUAUCACAUAAAUCAAGUUUCUUACUCAUAACUGUAUUUAGUAUGUUCUAUAUUUAGUAAGAAGUAGUUGGCUUCAUGCCUCCAAACAUAGGGACUUGGUCUUGGUGUAGUACAGAUACAUUUAUUUUACAGAAGAUCAUAUAAAACUUCUUGCAAAAUCUCAGGGGUAACUCAGGAUGAAUUGUCAAAGUCCAGAUUUGCAAUGACAAAUAACUCUGUAGGCAAAUAUCAAGAAAUAUGUUUGUUGUUCCUCAUGGACCUCAGAUCAAUAGUCUCUGUUUGUUAGUAGGAAAAAAAUAUCUAAAUGCUAUUUUGCCAAACACAUCUCACUUUGCCUCUUAAGUCAUUUGAAAGUGGAUAGAGAAAAAUGAAGCUGAUUUAAGAACUGGAUGACCAGAAACCAUCUUGGUAAGGAAACAUCUUCAGAUGGGUGUAGGAACCAUACACAUCUUGCCUUGGUUUUCUUUCUAUUUUGGCAAAAACAGGGCAUGCCCCCUCACUGCAAAUGUGCAGCAAAUUUGUGUAUUAAAUAAUGAGCACAGGGAAUUGCACAACCAAAAAUGUCAGCAUUAAGGUUGUCACAAACCCACUGCAGUCAUGGUUUUCUCAGAAUGGUGUUUCUUUUUUUAGUCUGCUGCUUUUUUGCUUGUUCUUUCAUGGGUUUUUGCUUCUUGGUCGGCUCUCUGGCUGUGAGUAUUAUGGCCAAGAAAUCUCAGAGUAACCAGGGAAGGGCUUUAAUCCGAGCUAGUCGAGAGUUGCUGCUGCAGUUGCACGCAAGAGCUGUGACGGGCCAAUGCAGGGGCACUGCUGGAGGCUGGAGCUGGUGUGAGGAGCCACGUGAGGGGCAAAGUGCAAAGGACAUCUCUAAUGCAGCCUGCACUGGUGUCCAGACGUGCUGUGGGAGCGCUUGCAACCAUGAACACGCGUGACCUGCAGCCUCAGCACUGCCUGUGCAGACCCUGAGGGGAAUCUGGCAUGGUGUGGAUCAAAGCAGUCUCUGUAGAGGCUGAAAGCAGUCUUCUCUUUUAGGUUAACAGCCACAGAAAAAGAAUUGUCAUCAUGGCAGAAACUUUGGAACAGCACACACUGAGCAGCUCUCUGCAGUAAGGAGAAAAGGAAAACAAGCAGUGUGGAAGUAGCAGUAAACUGUAUUCGUUGUCAUAUUUAGGAACUACCAGCUCUAAAACAAAGACUGAAAAUGUAAAUGAAGAGCUCAGAAACCCAGGCUAAACCAUGGUGGAGAUGGAUUUAAGAGUUAUCUACAAAUUAUGUGAAGUUCAAGAGACACUGGAGAAAAGCCAGAGGCAAUUUUGAGUAGUGUUAAAGACCAUAAAAGAAGGAACAAGCAAAAGCGGGAAACUGUAUAUUGCUGUGGGGCCAGAGAGAGAAAUAGCAUGCUUGAGGUAUAAAAGAAAAUUACAUAUUUCCAACAGCCAGUGGUUAGUGCCAGUGCACAGGUCUGUCAUUGUUCCCAGUGUUGUACAGAACCAGCUAGGGAGAAACUAAAAGCAUAACAGAAGCAACAGCCUUAAAUGUCAUGGGCUGAAAAGAAAUUACAUAUUCUUCUGGAAAGACCAAGUAAUACUCUGUUGAAUGCACAAAAUAGGGAUGGAACACCUCUCCUAUGAGGAAAUGCUGAGACAAUUGGAACUGUUCAGCCUGGAGAAGAGAAAGCUUUGGGGUUACCAAACUGCAGCCUUGCAGCACCUGAAGACAUCCUGCAGGAAAGAUGGAGAGGGACUUUUUACAAGGGCCUAGAGUAACACGACGAGGGGAAAUCACUUCAAAUGGAGAGUAGGUUAGAUUAGAUAUUAGGAUGGAAUUUUUUACUGUGAGGGUGAUAAGUCACUGAAAUAGGCUGCUCAGAGAA